CAUUUUAAAUAUAUAGCUCAUAUCUUUUCUUAUCUAUCUUUCUUAAAUUUUGAUAUACUUAUUCGCAAUGCCUCCCUCAGUAAUGAAUGUCAUUCUCUACUAUCUGUUUUCAACUCUUUAUAUAUGUUACAGCAAGGACACAGUAAAUCUACUUGAAAAUGUCUCUAUUCCAGCAGUUAUUGCAUUCGGAGACUCCUACUUGGAUCAGGGUAAUAAUAAUUAUAUCAACACUAUCACCAAGGCUAACUUUUACCCCUAUGGAAAGGACUUUGUGGAUGGAAAAGCAACGGGAAGGUUCACCAAUGGGAAAUCACUAGCUGACUUUUUUGUCAAGGCACUAGGAGUGAAGGAAUAUCUUCCGGCAUAUCUUGAACCUUUGAUACAAGAUCAUGAUUUUCAAACUGGUGUAAGUUUUGCUUCUGGUGGCACUGGAUAUGAUCCCUUAACUCCCAAAAUAACGUCUGUUAUACCAUUAUCGGGUCAAAUUGAGAUGUUCAAACAAUACAUUGAGAAACUCAAAAAGAUGGUGGGAGAAGAUGCUACCCAGAAUAUACUGACCAAAAGUGUAUAUCUAAUUUCAGCAAGCACCAAUGAUUUUUUUAUAAGUUACUCCACAGUUCCCAUUAGAAAAGUUGAAUAUGAUGUUCCAACUUAUGAUAAGAUGCUUGUAAAGCUCGCUGUUAAUUUUGUACAGGAAAUCUACAAACUUGGAGCAAGAAGGAUAGGUGUUCUUAGUGGGCCCCCAGUCGGUUGUUUACCAGCACAAAGAACUUUAGCAGGAGGAGCACUACGAACCUGCUCAGAAAUGGACAAUAAGGCUGUACAAUUGUUCAACGCCAUGCUAAAACAACAACUUCAAGUUCUAGCAAGCAAUCUUCCUCAGGCUAGGAUGGCCUUUGUCGAUUUCUACAAUCCUCUUAUUAGAAUCAUUGAAGCCCCUCACCAAUAUGGUCUGGAAGUUACAGAUAAAGGUUGCUGUGGAACCGGUGAGAUAGAGACACUUGUUUUAUGUAACAAACUUAGCACAACGUGUCUCGACGACUCUAAGUUCUUUUUUUGGGAUAGUAUCCACCUCUCAGAGAAAGGAUGUGAUAUCUUCGUAAACCAAGUUCUACAAGAUUUGGUAACAAAUUUGUUUUAGAAUAAUCAAAUUUUACUGGCAAGACAAAUUGUUAACGUUGAGAUAAUUGACCUUCAAUUCAUUUAUGAAAAAAUGAAGUCAAUUCUAUCAACUUAUGAAACUUAUUAAUAAAUAUAACCAUAACAUUUGUUGGUCAAAGAAUGUUAAUAAACUCAUGGUGUUACUUUA